UCCCCCUCUUUCCUCACUUUAUUGUUUAAGGAAACUCAAAAACCUUGGAGAGGAGUAACAAGAAAGAAGAAACCCCAAACCAUUUUCCAAAAUCAACACCACAAUGUCUGCUCACACUCUGCUCUUGUGAUCUUCCCCGCAUUGCCGACUAGAGAUUUUGAUUUCGCCGCAGCAAUGGAUCCCUGCCCAUUUGUCCGAGUCACAGUCGGCAAUCUGGCCCUCAAAAUUCCGGUGGCUUCGAAGCCGGCGCGCACCGUCGUCCACCCUUCGUCUUCGCCGUGUUUCUGCAAGGUCAAGCUGAACAACCUCCCGGUCCAGACGGCCGUCGUGCCGUGUCUCCCACCGGAAACCCAAACCCUAGACGCGAAUAGCCACGGCGUAAUAGCCGCUACCUUCCACCUCAGCAAGUCGGAUCUGGACCGGGUCGCGUCCAAGUCCAUCUUCGCCGCGAAACUCUGCCUCAAAAUCUCAAUCUACACGGGGCGAAGGGGCACCACCUGUGGAGUGAACUCCGGGAGGCUAUUGGGCCGGGUUUCGGUCCCCUUGGAUCUGGCGGGAACCGAGUCCAAGCCCAGUGUGUUCCACAACGGGUGGGUUUCCGUCGGCAAAGGGGCCGGGAAAGGCGCGGGUGCUGGGAUUACCCAGUUUCAUUUGAAUGUCAAGGCGGAACCCGACCCGAGAUUCGUGUUUCAGUUCGACGGCGAGCCGGAGUGCAGUCCUCAAGUGUUUCAGAUCCGAGGCAAUAUCAGACAGCCCGUCUUCACCUGCAAGUUCAGCUUCAGAAACACCGGAGAUCGAACCCAGAGAUCCAGGUCCUUGCAAUCGGACCAGAGUAGCUCCAGAAGCUGGCUGAGCUCGUUCGGGAGCGAGCGAGAGCGACCCGGGAGGGAACGCAAAGGCUGGUCCAUAACGGUCCACGACCUAUCCGGGUCGCCGGUAGCCGCCGCAUCAAUGGUCACACCCUUCGUGGCCUCACCGGGUUCCGACCGGGUCAGCCGCUCCAACCCCGGAUCCUGGCUCAUCCUCCGACCCGGGGAUGGAACGUGGCAGCCAUGGGGCCGCCUCGAGGCCUGGAGAGAGCGCGGCGGGGCCGACGGACUCGGGUACCGGUUCGAACUCAUACCCGACUCCAACGGCGGCAUGAGCGCCGGCGGCAUUGUUCUGGCCGAGUCGACUCUGAGUUUAAACAAAGGCGGGAAGUUCGUUCUGGACCUCGGGUCGAAUUCCGGGUCGGGUAACCGCGGCGGGGCUCCGGUUGUUCCGAACUCGCCGGCAUGCAGCCCGAAGAGCAGUGGGGACUUCGGGUACGGGUUGUGGCCGUAUUGCUUGUACAGAGGGUUUGUGAUGUCGGCGCGCGUGGAGGGUGAGGGCAGGUGCAGCAAGCCUACGGUGGAGGUGAGCGUUCAGCACGUGAGCUGCACGGAGGACGCAGCGGCGUACGUGGCCUUAGCGGCGGCCGUUGAUCUCUGCAUGGACGCUUGCCGGCUCUUCUCGCAGCGGCUGAGGAAAGAGCUCUGCCAGCCGUCGGAUUUGCUCGGAUGAUGAUUCGGCCACUAUGCGGCGUCGUUUUGUCGUGUUCAGUUCUUUUAGUAUUGAUGUGAGUGGGAUUUGGUCGAUUGGAUUUUGGAUUCCGAUUCACCAUGAGAGGUUUUUACUAUUACUAGUUACUACUAACAGAGCCCAGUAGUGUGUACAGUGAGUGAAAAAGAAAGAGAGAUUAGACAGGGCACGCUUUGUUUUUACUUGUGUGGCUUGUGUUUAAUUUUUUUUUCCCCCUUUUAUUUUUUCAAGUGAAGGGUUUGCUUAGUUAAUUGCAAUUUCCUUGUUGGGAUAAUGUAGUUACUGACUUGAAAAAUUGUCUUUUGCUAUUUUUGUUUUAUUAA